UUGGAUGGGUCAUGGCACAGGCAGCCCAGGAAAACACAGCUGGUGUGCACCAGUGGCUCCACUGGGUGGCCAGGAGGGAUGUGGAUCCUGGGCUGAGCACUUCCCUUGGGGAUGGAAAACCCCCAGACUGUAGUUUUUGGCAACAUUUGUCAGCAGCCUCCAUCUCUGUUCUGCUUUAGAAAUCAGCCUGGAAGCCCAAAGCCAGCCAGGGAUCCCGGUUUGGCCUGACUGCUGUCAAUAUCAAUGAGUGAAAGAGCCCAGGAUUUGUCCCAGCAAACCCCCACUAGGGAGCCAGUGAAGGGAGAGCAAAGCCCCCCAGCUGGGCUGCCUGUUUCCCCAGCUGCUGCUGCUGGCACAGGAUGUCUGCAGAGGCAGUGCCAGGGGCUGAGGCUGGCAGGAGAGGCCUGAAGAAGCCACGUCCGUUCAGCAUCGAGGACAUCCUCUCCAGCCCUGCCGAGAAGAGCCCCCAGGUCUUGGUGCCACUGUGCCUACGGAGCAUCUUGGACUGCACACCCCAGAGGCUCUGUGAGCUGGAGACCAUUCCAGCCAGCUCCCUGCAGGAGGAGGAGGAGGAGGAAGAGGAGGAAGAGCUGGAAGGGGCAGGCUGCAGCUGCUGCUGCUGUUCUCACACGAGUGCCCGCUCCCUGCAGGACCUGCCAGCCUGGCUGGAUGCCCGGCUCCCCUGGCCCGUGCGGCUCCUCCACCCGGCACUCAGGGCGUGCAGGAGCUCCCAGGAGAAGCCGGGCGAGCUGCAGGCCCUGCAGCAGCUGCAGCGCCGCACGCGCCGGCACCGCACCAUCUUCACCGAGGAGCAGCUGCAGGCGCUGGAGACGCUGUUCCACCAGAACCAGUACCCGGACGUGGUCACCCGCGAGCACCUGGCAAACCGCAUCCACCUGAAGGAGGAGCGCGUGGAGGUUUGGUUUAAAAACCGCCGGGCGAAGUGGCGGCAUCAGAAGAGGGCGACUGCCUCAGCACUGACCCUGCAGGCCAGGCAGCCCCCCAAGGAGAGCUGCUAGAGCCCAGAGGCUGCAGAGAGCACCCAGCACCCACUGCCCUGGCUGACGGGCUCGGGGGUACCCCGAGGGGCUGUGCAGCACCAGGGAACCUCUGUGGUUCGCACAGGAGGAGGACAGGUAAAAGCAGACACGGCACUGUCACAUGCCUCUUCCAGAGUUCACGUGGCAAAUGACUGUGCAGGCAGGACGUGCAGGGGACAGAGCUGCACCGGUGUUAAAUGUGUGUGCUUUAAGAGAAGGAGGAACUCCCCUUCUUGUCUUUGCUCUGUGCACGUAGUAUUUGUACUUGUUUUAUUGAUGUAGAUUUGCAAAAUAUCCUGCAAAUGAAUGUUUCCUGUUUGCA